UAUAUAGCUUGGCAAAAAAGUAAUAUUUUUAAACAUACUGUAUAGUGAAAUUGCAUUAGUGAGAGUACUGUGAACGCGCCAGCUUUCGAUAACCGACCUAUAAUAACAUAUCGUGCUCAGUUAGUUGCUAAAGGUUUUACACAGAAGCAGGAAUAGACUAUACUGAAACUUUUUCCCCAGUGGUUUGUCACUCAACAAUAAGACUAUUCUUUGCAUUAAGUGUUAAAUAUAACCUAGAUAUAACUCACCUUGAUGUAACCACAGCUUUUUAAAUGGGCAUUUAAAUGAAGAUGUAUACAUGUGUUUACCUGAGAAUUUUGAAUGUCUUGAUAGGGAGAACAAAGUGUUAAAACUAAAGAGGGCAAUCUAUGGAUUGAAACAAUCAGCUAGGCUAGCUCGGCUUAUACCAUAGUAUAAGAGUGUAGAUGAUUGUUUUCAAUCUUUUGGAUAUAGAAAGUCAGUGUAUGAACCUUGUUUAUUUAUUAAACAACAUAAUACUACCAGAACAUAUAUAGCUUUGUUUGUAGAUGAUUUUUUUUUAUUUUUCUGAUUGUAAAAGAGAAACUGAAUGUCUUAAGACUGAACUAAAAUCUAAAUUUAAAUUAAAAGACUUGGGAGACAUUAGACAGUGCUUGGGUAUGAAGGUCAGAAGAAAAAAAGAUGAGAUUUUUGUAGACCAGGUACAAUUUGUUGAUCAUUUAUUGAGUAUUAAAUAAGUUUAAUUUGAAAAAUUGAAAACCAGUCACUACACCGAUGGAGGUAAAUUUAAAGCUUAAAAAGGGAGAAACUUGUUGUACUCAGUAUCCUUACCAGCAAUUAAUAGGAAGUUUGCAUUAUUUAUCAAUGUUAACCCGUCCUGAUAUAUUUUAUUCUGUUUGUUACCUAAGUCAGUUUAAUAAUAAUUAAAAUAAAACACAUUGGAACCAUGUAAACUGUGUUUUAAAGUACUUGCAAAAAACAAAACAUUUUGGUUUAAAAUAUGCCAAGGAUGAUUUAGAUAGCUUAGCUGAUUGGGCAUCAGAUUGUGUGGACCGCAAGUCUUAUACAGGUUUUAUGUUUAAGAUGUCUAGGUAGUGUCAUCUCAUUUGAAUGCAAAAAACAACAAUAGCUUUGUCUAGCAUAGAAGCUGAGUAUAUGGCUAUAUGUGAGGCAAGUAAAGAAGCCAUUUAUUUAAGGAACUUGUUAAUAGAAUUGAAAUGCAGAAAUGAGUCACCUAUACUAUUAUAUAAUGACAACCAGAGUACACAAUUGUUAACUAAACAUAGUUUAUUCCAUAAAAGAAGCAAGCAUAUUGAUGUUAGAUUUCAUUUUGUUAGAACAGCUGUUGAAAAUAAUUUUAUUGUAAUAGAGUACUUAAAUACAAAAGUUUAUGUCGCCAAAAACAUUAUAAUUUUGUUAAACAGUUAGGUGUCACUCCAUUGUAGAAUGAAAUUUGUUCACUUUACUGUGUUUCAAAUGAUGAGUUGUUUUUCUUUUGUCUAUAUGUCAAUUAUUUUGAUAAGGGAGUGUGAUAAAUAUGUAUGAAAAUAAUGAUUCUGUUCUAGCGACAUCUAGUUGUAUGUAAAGAAAGGACCUCUUUGUGGGUCUAUGUAUGAUCAAAUUAAACUAGUCUGCCAACGUCAACCAUUGUUUCAUUAUUAUAGCUUUUAUCCAUUAAAAUUUAUUUGCCUACUUCAAUUUCUGUCCUUUUGUCUAAUAUAAAUAUUAAUAUACAUUAUAUAGAAUUUUAGCCAGAUUUAUUCAUUUUUCAUAACAAUAUAAAAUUAUAACCAUUUAUCUACUUAUAUACUAAAUUUAUCUGAUCCUUUUCCAAAUUCCACUCCAAUUUCUAAUAUAAUAACGCACUUCCUAACUUUUUUGCAUGGCUGACGCUCAAACCGUGCAGACCAAGAAAGGAAAAAAAAAAAGAAAAAAAAGACGGGUUCUCGAAAUUCGAAUUCAAAUUGCAUUUCGUAACGAAGAUCCCAGCCACAUCACAUAUUUGAUUUCAUAAAAUCUACCUACAUUUAAAUAAUAGUUUUAAAAAUGGCCUGCUUAAAAAAACAAAACCAGGAAUUACUUGAGCAGAACUAUAAAUUGGCCCAGCAAGUGCAGAAACUGAAGAUUGUUGCUGGAAAAAAAGAAAAGCAGUUAUUCGAGCUAAGAAAAGAGACUCAUGACUUAAGGAUUCAAAUAAGCAUACUAAGGAAUAAAGGUAGUGACUGUGCACAAAGACUAGGAACUGCUUUGCAAAUAUUUUCCAAAACAGCAUUAACGCAUCUAUUGCAAGGAUCGAAUGCUGUUGCAAGUAUAAUUGAGUGUAUGGAAAACUAUAUGAUAGAGAGAGAAGAGAUAGAAAUGUCUUCAGUCCAGUCUCUAAUAGACAGCACUCCAAAUACUGAGAGAAAUUAUAAUCAUAAUAAGCAUGUAGCCUCUUGUAUGUAUCACAAGGAACAAGUUAGACCCUCGUCAAGGCGGGUAUUACAAGAAGGAAACAAACCGCUUACAAUGAUAGAUGAGGAUAUUACUCCUCAUCAAAACACUAAUGUGGAAGACAUGGGAUUAGAGGAAAAAAAUGGUGGGUCCUCAGUAGAAGAGGAUGGUGCAAACGCACCGAGAGAUGAGAGAAGUGAAGAAUUAAGCAUUCUUCUAGAAGAAUUAAGCAUUUUUCUAGAAGAAUCUGAAGAAAUCAGAACACCAUCAAUACUGGAUCUGCUAACGAAAAGUCCUAUGCUACUUGAGUCUCCCCGUUUCGAUGACGGUUCACCCUGGAGCAAUAAUAAGCGAUCCCGAGACGAGUCAUCCUGGGAAAAACCGGGUCCAUCUCGAAAUGAAAAAGAAAAAGCAAACUCAUCGCUAGAAAACGAUUGCGUGGCUGAAGUUUUACCUCACUUGCCAUCGCAGGAAAUUGAAGAGGGAAAUUCACAUAAACCACUAUUGAAAUAUAGAUGUCAGAAAAGUGAUUCUCAAACCAGUGAAGAUAGGCCCGAGUUUGAUGCGUCCAACGAAUGUACUUGUGCAGUAAAUAUUUGCCGCCAUAGAAAAAGGCGCACUAUUGAGGAUAAUAAUAGUACGGAUACUGUCCACGAAUAUGGCGAGGAAGAACCGGAUACAAGGACAAGGCGGGCGCGAAAACCCGUUAAUUAUAAGGAAGAUUUAAAAUGUAAACUUCGAAGGUGAACAAAAAGGAUGAACAGAUACUUUACGUUGUAGUGACUGAUCAACUCAGCGUGACAGCGUCAAGUGUUGCUUGGUGAGGGUUUCAUGUGAGGGGACCGGAUAGAACAUUCGUAGUCCUUCAAGGAUUUAAAAAUAAUUAAUGAGGAACUCAAUUGCACUUGGAAACACACUGAUUACGCGUCAAAAUACUAACUAUCUCAUUUAAUCACUUGUCUUCACUAUUGGCACUUUUUUUUCUUGAUCUAUAUCUCGACCACCCUUCGGCCCGCUUAUAUAUAAAUUAUACAUACAUAAUAUAUCCCUGGUAACAAUCGAGAACUUUCUGGACAGGAGUAGUAAUAGGAGGUGAAACACAAAUCCUUAUUGCACUACACUAUAAUGAAAACGAAGAACGUUCUAGAAUGUUCGUGCUCUUUAUCCCUAUCGCACAUUAUACUCCGUCCUUGUCGUCGGACAAGGUCUAAAAUGGGGAGUCUAGUUUCGAGAAGUUUCUGAUAUUCUCUCUCUCAUACCUAGAAAUGAUACACUAGAAUUUCCCUUCACCAAAGCGAUUUAACCAGUCCUAAAACGCCUGAGGAAACGAGGGAAACAACGAAACAGUCAUAAACGUCUUCUUACGAACACGGGUUGAAUUAAAUGAUUAAUUACGCACUCGAAUAAAUAUUUAUAUCUAUGUACUUCUUAAAUGCGUAGUCGAUUUAAGCCUUCGGCUUAAAGUGAACUCUUUGUUCAGUGUUAAAUGACGCAACGAUGUGCGCUCCUAAAAGUGAGUUGACUCACCGACACAUAAUUAUUGUAAGUUGUGCGCUGUGUUACAAAUUAACAUUUAAACCCUGUUUAAUAAUUGGUUUAAUGUCAAUGACAAUGACAACAAUAAUAAAUAAGUUCCCGUGCACUGUAGAGCAAAUGUCUUCAAUCAUGUCUGUAUUGUAGUGAACAACUCUUAAAUUUUGAGUUAUAAAGACUGAUUCUACUUAUUUUGUACUCUUCACUUAUUGUAAAAUAACAAAUUACUAUUUUACUAAAUUAUAACAAUACGUAAUAUACAACUCCGAAGUUUUGUUAUGGCGUAAUUUUUUUCGGAAUUACUUCAAUUUAUAUAUAUAGAUAUCAAAUUAUAAUAAAAAUAUAUUAUAUAUAUCAAACAGAAAUGUAUAUGUUUUGGUUACGGAAUAAAAGAACUUCUAAAAGUUAAA